AUGCCCAAUGGUUGGCGCGCUCACCCCGUCGCGAACAGGCCAUGCCCAACUCCUAGCGGGCUCACCCAAUCACAAUCAGCAACCAACAAGAGGCCUGCUCACCCAUCCAUUGUCCCUCGCUCCGCGCCUGCUUCGGUAGUCUUGCCCCCUUGCCGUGGGUCCCUACUUCGACGCCAGCUUACCCACCUCCCUGUUUCUCACCCUCUUCUUCUUCACCAGCGGCGACCCCAAUUUCCUCCUCUUAGCGGAGCCCAUGGCGCCGUCGCCUAUUUCUACCUGGGUCGCCUUAUCAGGCAGCGCCCAAGGUGCCCCAUCUUUGACGCCUCCUCUUUUGAUCUCCAUCGUGCUAGUGACCUCAUGAGCCUAAGAACCGCCAGGACCCACCGUAAUACGCCACCACCAGCCAUCGACCACCACACCACCACCCAACUCCUCAAACAAACCACAACAAUCUUCACUUCUCACUUCCUCACCUUCCUCUUCCUAUCCUUCUUAAUCUUCACCUUCCGUUGCAAUGUCGAGAACGGUACCCACUACCUCACUUCCUUCAUUGACCGUGAUCCUUCUCUCAUAUCCCUCCUCUCCCGCCUCGACAUUGCUGGCCGAUCUCAUUAUCCCCACCACGAACACCAUGUCCUCCGCCACCGUCGUCGCUGCGCUUUCCUCCACUUCACCCGCGUCGGUACUCUCGAUGACGACUUCUUCUCCGGCGAUGUCAACUAUGAUCGCUCUCUUUUUGGGUCCAAUCCCAAUCCCAAACCCCAACUCAAUCACUCCUAUCUAAUUCUCAAUCCCAAAUUAGGGUUUUCAAGUAACAUUCCCGAUAAUGGAAUUCGGGCUUAUGAAACAAUCCGCUCUGGGGUGCCUUUCAAAGCUCCCGAGCAGUCUCUAUAUUCAGAUCAGCUAAAUGAAACUCAUGAUUUGGUGAGAGAAGAGGCGGAAGUUAACGAAGGUGAAAUAAUUGCGCAAUUACAGUUCUUUAUUCGGGGUUUGGAGUUGGGUCGCCGGGAUGCGACCGUGUUAUUAUUUAUUGCGGGAAUUUUGUCUGUUGCAUAUGGGUAUGUGGUUUUGGGUUUUUUAGUUACGUAUGCUUGGGUACUUGGGACUGUUUUCUUUGUGGUUGUGAAUGAUUUGCUAGGGAAGUACAGGUCCUUUUUUAGGACUUUGUGGGAUGGUUCCAAUUUGGGUCUCAAAAGGCUUUCUGGGUUUAUUAUUAUGAGGUGGGCAGUAAGGGAUGCGUUGACACAGUUAUUGGGCAUCUGGUGCUUUGGUGAAAUUAAAGAUCAGUACUUGUUUUUCAAGAUCUUUGUGAGGUUGAAGUUGAUGCCAUUUUCCAUUAUGACUCUGUGGAUAAAAAGGUUUGAGAGGGAGAGUCUGAGAUUUGUGUUUUUAUGGUUCUUCUGGGACAUGUUAGUGGCAUUUAUUUUUUCUGUGGAUGCGUGGGUUGCCAUGGUGGACUCGAGGAAGAGUGGGAGGGAGGUUCUGAAGGACGGGUGUCAUUUGUUGUCAACAAUGUUAGGCCCCGCUAUCAGCAUUAAGUGUUUGGAGGGAAUUAUUUGUGGCUCGUUCACCCAAUGGAUACUGACCAGAUUUUUGGGGAAUUUGUUUGCCUCUGCUUUCCAAUCUGUGAUGGAGGUUUAUUUUAUGGUGGCUUGGCUGGCAUAUUACUUGGCGGCGAGGUACAAGGAUGCUACUUUGUUUGGAAGGUCAUUUGGGAGAAUGGAGUUGGAGGGCUUUCUUGAAGAUUUUAGAUGAUUUUCGGGAAAAGUAAAUGAUGGUAUACUUCACAGCCACAAUUGUGACUCCAACGAUAGUGGUAAUGUUUUGGUGCUUUAUGUGUUCAAUGUUUUGCAGUAUAUAUGAUUAGGCACUGCCAUUGUUUUGGUGACUUUGCCAGCAAUGAUGUGUUGUAUGUACUUCAUUACGAGCAGAUAUUUAAUUGUGCAUAUUUUGACAAAAUUUCUCGUCUAUAAUGUGUUGCAAUCUUGGUUCUAUCCCUGGAAUAUAAUUUUGUCAU